AUGGCGACGAUCUGCAAUCCGACAAUACCUGCUUCGUUCCCGAUUCCGUUCGGUGUCUUCCCUGGCCGCAUCUUCAGCGUGAAGGGUCGCACGUCACCCUGCUCGAACAGGUUCGCUAUAAACCUACAAUGUGGUCCGAAAAUCUACAAUGAUGAAGUCAUAGCGUUUCAUUUCAACCCUCGCUUCGACACCAACUCUCUGGUCCGUAACCACUUCGAGACCAGCUGGGGCACUGAGGAGGUCAGCUCAGGAGUACCGAUGGACAAAGGAGAAUCUUUCGAAAUACUUAUCUAUUGCUAUUAUUAUUCAUUUAAGGUGGAGGUCAAUGGAAAAUUUGUCUGCGAAUUCAACCAUCGCAUGCCGUUUCGUGAUAUCACGCACAUUAUGGUAGCCGGUGACGUUACCAUAGAUGCAAUUAGUUACGUGGGAGCAAACCCGCCAGAGGACCCGAAGCUGAUGGUGCCAUGUGUGGUCCCUAUUCCUGGAUGCAUGCAACCCGGUCGCACGAUUCGAGUAAAGGGAACGACCCCUUCAGGGGCGAGGAGGUUCGCGGUAAACCUCCAAUGUGGUCCGAAACAGUAUCCUGACGAAGACAUAGCCUUCCAUUUUAACCCUCGUUUCUACCAGGGGGCUAUAGUUCGCAACCAUUUCGCUGGCUCGGCGUGGGGCCCUGAAGAGACGCAGGGUCCGUUGCCGCUCAGCAGUGGGUCACCAUUCGAAGUUGUCAUUUAUUGCUACCAAAAUUCUUUUAAGGUGUUGUUGAACGAACAACAAGUCUGCGAGUUUACUCAUCGGAUUCCGAUACAGAGAAUCACUCACGUCAUGGUGGACGGCGACGCUAUUAUAUUCCAAAUAGACUUCGAAGCGCCUGAACACCCGUGUGGACCACCAUCACCAUGCGGCUGCGAAGUUCCAGGUCCCUAUUGA